AGCCUUACUAUAUGAAAUCGAGACUGAAAAUGGCUAGCAGAAGAAGAGAAAUCAUGCCGAGAAAGUCGAAGUCAAGAGAUAAAGCCGUUCAAGGAUUCCUUGGCUCUAAAUAUAAUUAUAAAACAUUAAUUACUUAUUUCUCCUUAUCUUUUUUGGUGGCAUUGCUGCUUGGCUUGUUUGUGAGUUCGCCAGCACCUUCAUUGUCACCACGGCUUGCUGAUUGGCGGGAUAGUGGAUAUAUUUUUAACUUCUCUGGGUUUUCGAUAUUCUACCAAGAUAUUCCAAAAUUGAAAUUACCAAGAACUGGUCCAGAUAUUUUGUUACUGCAUGGGUUUCCAACAAGCAGCUAUGAUUGGAAGAAGGUAACGACACAGCAACAGGUGAUAUUUUCACUACAUGGCCAUUUUGGCAGAGUGAUUGCAGUUGACAUGUUGGGACUUGGAUUCAGUGACAAGCCGUCAAAUCACGAGUACAGUAUUAGUGAACAAGCAACAAUCCAUGAAGACCUUUUGAAACACCUGGGAAUUAAAGACAUACACCUGCUGGCUCAUGAUCUUGGAGACACUGUUGCACAGGAAAUGUUAGCGAGGUAUUUAGAAAGAAUUUCAAAAGCAGAAGAAGGACUUGCGAUAUCAAGUCUUUGUUUGACCAAUGGAGGAAUUUUUCCCGAGACCCAUCAUCCAAGGCUGGUUCAAAAACUUCUUCGGUUGCCAUUCAUCGGAAAUAUUGCAGCGUUUCUUAUGACCUUCACAACCUUUAAGUAUAGUUUCUCUGCGAUAUUUGGCCCUUCUACUCGACCGAGUGCAGAUGAAUUGUGGGAUUUUUGGACUCAGAUUAGAUUCAACGACGGGCAUUUAGCAACACCAAGGCUAUUGAGAUAUAUGGAUGAGAGAAGAACAUAUAGAAGUCGCUGGGUUGGCGCAUUGGAGAAGACCGAGAUACCGUUGCAUUAUAUCUAUGGAGGCCUGGAUCCAAUUAACCCCGAAAGCGCCUUGAAGCUCUACAGGAGCACAGUUACAAACUCAUCUGUCACCGUACUGCAAAAUGCUGGACAUUAUCCUCACUGGGAAGAUGCAGAAGGAUUUUUAAAAGGUUAUUUCGAAUUUCUAGAUCGUAUUGGCGUGGCAAGAAGCUGAUAUAAUUUAUAAUUAAUGUUAAAUAUAAAUUGAUAGUGGUGUCUUUUGAAGCAAUUACGUAAUGUAUGGUUUGUAUAUUGUGGUUUUAACAUCCUUUUU